AUGGCAAGCUGGGCCGCAUUGAACAUCGAGCCCGCCGAGGCGGUAGAAGAAGAGGUUGAUGACACUAAGGAAAUCCAAAUUGAGGAAGCUCUCAAGCUAUACCAAAAUGCUCUUAAGCUUCACUCACAGGGUCCCCUCUUUUACGCUCAAGCUGCGGAAGCAUAUGAUGCUCUUCUCAGUUCGGAAAUAUUCAAGUACCCAGAAUCUCUCUCCGACUACAAAAGAGCUGCAACCGAGCUUGAAUUGGCUGAGACAUCCGACUAUGUUGGUAAUGCAGACGGUGGUGAACCGCUAGCAGAUUACGAUAUCAAUGAUUCCACAUCCAGUACUUUGCUGCAGACCAUCUAUCUUGCGUAUAAAAACCACGGGCAGUUCGUACUAGAUUCUUUGCGCGCCAUUAUAGAGAAUGCUGCCCAGGCGUCAGAUGCCACUCAAGAUCUCUCAGCUGAAAUUGCUGAGCGUGCGAGCACUGCCCUGACGUCUUUCGCAGAAGCCCUGGAACGUGAUGACACAGACCUUAACCUUUGGAGACAAAGCGCCAGGCUCUGCAGUACUCUACAAAGCUAUCGCUUAGCCCGCUACUGCUUAGAAAGUGUCCUGGCAGAUGAUGAAAAUCGCCUGGAGGUCCGAACAGAACAGCUAGGCUUGGAGGAAACUUUUGCAGAAGAACGUCUUCGGGAAACGUUGCUGUCGCUGCAAGAUAGACUAUCGGUUUGCCAAGUCCCGAUUAAGAAACCCAAGAAAGCCCUUCUCAAAUUUCUCAAGCGCCAAAGUGACCCCUACCCGUAUCUGCCUGGAUUACCCGACAACCUUCAAGAUGUCCUUCCGUCGAAAAACCCCCUAGCUUUAAGCACAACACGACAUGAUCUAAAGCCUCUUUCACCGACAUGGGCCGAUCUUGGCAAGACCAUCCUUCAAGCGUUAACGGAUGAGGAGCAGGGCAACUUUGGUGGAGGCCCUGGUACUGCAGUCUGCGUUUCAAUUCCAGCUCUUAGCCCCGAGCUGAAAGCUACGGCGACCAAAGAAACACAAGUUCAAGACCAGUCAUUAAAGGCACAGGAUGAAGAGGUUCAAAGCAACCAGAAGCAGCAAACCACCCACAUAUCUGAGGAAGAUAACAACUUGGACGUUCAGCCAUCUGUGAAGCAUGAAGCGCUGGACUCAACUGCAGAACACGCUGAUGACCACUCAUCUAUUGAUCAACGGGCUGAAAAGCAACUUAUAGAAUCAUUGGAGAUCCAGACGUCACAAUCUCCCGAGAUAGCUAAUCAACAGGAAACUCCAAAUGUCGACGAUCCUGACCCUAGAUCAUCGACCAAUGGGGCACGAAAGCGAUCUUCUGCGUCGGCCGUCGCUGAAGAUCAGACAGAAAGCGUUCGAUCCAAGAGCAGAAGAACCCGUCUACGGGAGUCACACACAGAGGCUUCAUUACAAGCUGAUGAAGUCUCGUUCGACCAUAACAAAUACUACGAAGACCGUCUAGAGGCUUUCAUUAGAGCAGACGAAUGGAUGUUCGGUACGGUUGAACCUCUGUUGGCCAAGUUCGGGAUUGAAGACCUAGGGUCAGUUGAUGGGCUGAGGAAACAAAUAUCUCCUACUACCGAUGGGAAAGACCUUCCAGAUAGUGAAAUCAAUGGGAAGGCCGAGUACAUACUGCCUCGAGAUUUGAGACACAUUAUGAAAGGUUGGGACGAAGGGAAGUCUCAGGCGACACUCCAGUGUGAUAAUGUUGCGGCACUUCAGGACAUUCAAGGGAUGGGCAAGUCUGGGCUGGCUAUCUUCCUAGAGCACUCCAGGAAAUCCGCCCGGAAGCUAGGGAUGAAGCAAGUUCUCUCCGGUACUGAGGAACUACUCAUGCUCAUGAAUAGCAUCAAUGAAGGAUGGUUCCACCUCCGUGAAGCCGCUUUGGAGUGGCUCAAAUGCCUUCUUAUGCCAGAUUACGGGCGUAUUUCUACAGAGGACGGCAGAUCUGGCACUUCAAACUUCCCUAACAUGAAUUCUACAUACACUUCAUUGCAGUGGCCAGAUGCACUGAAAGAGACAGUGGUGCAAAUAUUGAUACAAGAGGAUGAAAACAUAUACAAGGGAAUGAGCGAACACGUUGAGAGUCUUGAACGCCGAAUCCUUGGCGCUAGCGCUGACACAUCGUUUGAAUAUACCACAAAUCAUUUUGCAUAUCUCGAGAUGAUUCAAGCCAUAUUUGAGCUCCAUCUUGACAUAUACGCCUCCAUUAACAACCCAAACAGUGAAAUCGACCAAGGGAUCAGACUACAGCAAAAAGAUCGUCUAGCACGGUGGGGCUUACUAGCGCGUACUUCACUCACCCACUUCAUGGAUUACUCUUCAUCCGGUAGUCAUCAGGAUAAUAUUGUCCUUCGCCAUAUCUGGGCAUCCACAUUCCAUUCGAACAUGACAACGGACGCCGAACGGGAACAUGUGUUACUUUGUCUUCAGGAGCUGAAGCACUUGCUUAGUCGCUUGAAGGAACCAGUGAUAAGCCUAGUGAACAACGCAAUUAUGCCGGAAAUAUCGAUUGAGGCCGUUGACCAAGAGAUUUCGAAGCUGGAGUCUAUGGACUUUUUCAUGAGAAUCUUUAAUACUGAAUCAGAAGACCCUGUGGGACUCAUCGAAACCAUAGAACCUAUUCUGGAACCUGCUUCGGUCCAGUUUGUUGAAGAAAACACUUCAGAGGAACAGGGACAUUCUCUACCGACAUCACAGCUCCACGAAAUGGGCUCUUUCUUAGAUCGAGGAGAUGCUACGUUGAGGCUUUUCUUAUGGAAGAGGCUACAAGACGCUUACAAGAAGAUCGACUACACGCCGAAAGUUGUGUCGUGCUACCUGCGGAGUAUUGAAACUAUUGUGAGAGAACUUUGGAACCCUGCACAUCUAGAAGAGCCUAGUGAGCACCGCCAAAUCACUUUGCUCCGUUGGUUAAAAUCUCUCGAUGGAAUAUUGAAUAAGACCGUAACAGCAGUUUUACAGGAGCCAGCCAAAGCAUACGAAUGUUUUGAUAUGGACCACGUCAAGUCAUCGCUAUCUGCAGUAACACUAGUAUUAAAACUACUUCAUAGUUUUGUGCUUUAUGAAGACUCGGUUCGUGUGGGCCAGUUAUCUAGCUCCGAUGUACGCGGAGCGUUGGCAAAGUCAUUGGAAAGCUUCAGAGAUAAGCUGCGAGAUAUGCACGUCCGUUGUUGGAUCCUUCAUUAUACCCUUUUGAGAGAAGCUAUUGCACAGAACCCAGAGCUCUUCGAGACACCCCUCGAGGACCGUAUUCUUUACUUGCGCUCUGUGCACAAUGCCUUAGGCAUCAGGAAGAUGUGCAAACGUUCCCACAAGCAGUUUCUUAAGCUUGUCAAAUCUGAGAUUUUCUCUUUGGAUGAGAAAGCGGACUACGAGUAUGAUAUUUGUCAACUACUUUACGACAUACACGGCAUCAAAUUGUCGCCGGUUGAUGGUUAUCUGGAGGACCAUGGCUGUCCCUCGGAGAAACUGGAUCGCUCAACAGCUAUUUUGAUGAUUGACUUUGUCAUGAAGCAGGCGAAGAAAAUGAACAUCAGGGAUCUGUCAAAAUCUGACUUGAACCAUCGGCACCACCAAUCUUCGCCUCCAUUAUCCUACAAUAAGCGCAUCCUGACAGCUUACUUAAAAUCUCCAUUAAACCCAACUGAGAUCUUCCGUGCCGUUCGGGGAGUUGAAGAUCUUGCGUUGCUCCCGGUGCCCACCGAGAGUGCGGUUAUCGCGAAGAAUGGAUGGUACUUCCUGUUAGGACAUGCUGCGCUGACCAAAUUCCGCUCCCAGAAGCGUCUUAACCCCAUUCCAACCACUGAUCUUGACGAAGCUAUUACGUGGUUUAGACAGGACCUGGAACACAACACUCAGAGAUGGGAAUCAUGGUAUCGACUUGCCCAGACUUACGAUUCGAAGCUGGAGGAGGACAUAACGUGGUCUGCGGACAAGAUUAAUAACAACCGGACAGAGUUGGUGACUUGGCAACGCUAUGCAAUCCAUUGCUAUGCUAUGGCUGUUGCAACAGCAGCAAGAAACGCCGAUCCUACGCCAGAGACUCGAGCACUUGUAUCCGACCUUUACACUGACUUUGGAAUCCGCUUGUACUCGUCUUCUCGAGAACCCUUAUCCAUGGCCGCUUUUAGCCUUUCCGAUUUUACUCGACAUUACAAUAGUGAGGAAAACCAGCAGAUGUAUGAAGCGCUCCCCUUCAAGGAGAUGAGGUUGUACUCCGUCUGGAACCUUGCCAGUUAUCUCCUUAAGCGUGCCAUUCCCGAUAAGCCCAAGAGUUGGAUGACUCGUUACAUGCUAAGUAAAUGUCUCUGGAAGAUGUUCAGCUGUGAUGACUCCGUCCGGGGCACAUCAGGGCAUAUUCACCUUGAUGAUCUCCUAGAUUCUCUGCUCGAUGCUAUUGAUGCACUGCCCCAGAAGAGGGAUUCUCGGUCGGAUCCUAUCUUCGAACCUCACUAUAAGCUCGUAUCUAUUAUUCACAAACUCGUUCAUAGAGGAGUAGUUACGCCGGCUGAAGGAAGCAAGACUCUCGUGGCCACUCCUUGGGCACGGAAGGUGCCACCUCCGGAGGAAGGUGCCCCUUGGAAGCCUUACAUAUUGGCUGUCAUUCGAAACUUGAAGCAUGCCGACAAGUCGAACUGGCAUCAUCGCAUGGCUGCCAGGGCUGCACAUAUCACUUAUGAUGAUGACAAGGACGCUGCCGCAGCUGUAGGAGCUAAGGGUGAACUUACACAGCAGAUAUUCACAAAGACAAUGACGAUCCAGGUGUGGAGGCCUGAGAAUGAGCGUCCCGGCAGACACUUCGUUUACACAACACGAUACGUGUAUUUCUUUGUGGCUCUACUAGAACAGCUGGAUGAUCGUGCAAGCCUUGACCAACUGCUUCGUCGAGUCAGGAAAAAGCAGGGCGAUUUCAUCAACCAUGCCAAACUGUGGGAAGACCUCUGUCUAACCUAUGCACGAGUGAUACGAAAAGCCGGAAAUAUCAACGAAGGACAUGACGAAAGCGUCUUCAAACCCAUCGGAUGGGAUGAAUUCGUCACAAACACAGCUCGACUAGAAGGCCUCUCCCAGUUAGCUCCAGAGAGCAUAACACUCCUCGAACUUCUUCGCGAUGCCGUCGAGCUGAAGAAGUUAAACAACAACCUCAUGAAAGUCUCCUUGUUAGAAGACCUCAUCGCCGACAUCUACUCCCGCCUAUACGAGGUCAACAUACCCAACGUCAUCGAACAGGCAAACGAAGAAAACAAAGAGAAAAUGAAGGUAGACCACCUCCUCAUGGCCAGUGAUGGUGCCGCAGACACCCCUACGCCCCCAACUUCCGCACCUGCAUCCGAAGCCCCGGCACCCCGUGGCCGCACAAAGGGCAUCGCAAGACGGGACAUCCAGAAACGGGCCGAGACAAUUGUUCAACGCAAACUUGCGCCUCGCGCUCCUGUUGCCAAAGCACCGACCGCUGCAGAAAGUGAACCAUCUCACGCUAUCGGCGCAGUCACUUCCGCUCCCGAGCAAGCGAAGGAUACAGAUACGUCCGCUGCGGCGGCUGAUGAGCUGGCCUCGGGGCAACAGAGUGAUAUACCCAAUAGCUUGCAUGACAGUGCCGAUGAUGAAAGCGAGCUGAGCGAGAUAGACGAUGAGAAAUUGUCUAAGCUUGCGGCAGAGCGCAGCUUGUUGUUCCCUAAUCUGCAGGAUAGGGGAUCUUUGGAUCCGGAGGUGGAAAUGUCGGCCCCAGCUAGUGCUGAUGGGGACGGAGCUAACGAAACGCCCGGCGACGGGGAAGAAGACGUUGAUAGGGAGGAAGAUGCUGAUCUUGGUGAUGAAGGCGAGACCAUGGUAGAGGAAGGAGAAGAGGGUGCUGAGGGCGAUGAAGGCGAGAUUGACGGAGAGGGUGAAGGCGAAGGCGAAGGUGAGGGAGAAGACGAAGAGGAUAAUGAAGCCGCUGGGGAAGAAGAGGCGCUGGGGGAAGGUGAUGGCGAAGCUGACGGGACCGAAAUCAACCAAAUGGAUGUCGACGAGGAAGGCGAUCAACCCGCUGCUCCUGAGGCUGACCAGGAAAGCGACCAUGUGUCUGAUUCCGAGGCAAUGGAUAUUUGA